ACACACACACACACACACACACACACACACACACACACACAGACACACAUACCCCCUCCUCUUCUAUGACCUCCACCUGAGACCUCCAUCGUUCAGUCAUUUAAAUAUUAAAAAUCCAGCUCAGCAGCUUAAGAGUUUCUAGAGUGAAAACAUCAAACGCACUUUCAUCACUCCUACAUCACUUCUUCUUCUUCUUCUGCAGUCUGAAUUGUAUUUUSUCCAGUUUUCAGUAACGACCCCUCAACCAGUGGUCUCAAGGCCAGUUAUUUCUCUAUUGUCAUUAUUGAUUAUAGUUUAAUAUAAAAACACAGAAGGAAUAAUGUGAUAAUCUUAAGCUAUGUUGGUUUUAAUCAGCUGUUGCCUACUAUAAUCUUAAUAAUUAGUGUCCAGUUUAGUGGACUUUGCAGAAUAUUGUUUGGUGUUUAGAUUAAUCUUAUCGGUUAAAGGUUUGUAGUUUAGACUAGUGGAGGUAAAGGAUAACUGUUUUGCAGCAGUUGUUUCUUCGGAAAACAUGUCUAGAUGAUUAUUUUUUGGUUUUAUUCUCCAGCCAUUUAAGCAUAUGAAUAUUUGCUGCCCUGCGUCUGAUCUUAGUGAGGAGUGAUAAAAUUCAGAYGACACAACCAUCUGCUUUCAGUGGUGGUGAUUAUAUUGACUGCUACUAUGAUUGUUGUUCUUGUUAAUUUUGGAUGGCUUCCUUUCUGAAGGUAUUGUAAAGCUGAGUGCAAUUUUCUUCUUUUUUUUUUCUUUUUUAAGUUGUCUUUUUUUUUUUAAGAAACACAGUUUGAACUCUGUAUACAGCUGCAUUUCUGGCUCUUUCUCUCAAUUCUCCAUGCUUGAUAAAAUGUGAUGAAAAUUAAUUUGUGUUUUUCUUUCUAUUAUUGAAUGAAUAGUAGAACUUGAUCUUUGAACCUGGACCUUAUCACUUGAGAUAGUGUCCCUCUUUAAUACUUGUACAAAACAUUUAAGUUUAAGUAUUGUUGGAGCUAAAAUGCCAUGUAAUGUUUGUCAAAUKGUUAUAUUUGGUGCUUUUCUGCAAAAGCAUUAAAAAAUAAGGAAACUAAUUAUGUGACAGGCAGGUAUAAAAAUGCCUAAAUAUCAUUUUAAAAUGUAUUGUUUAUGGGUCAGCACAACCCUCAGGUUUAAAGGCUUUUUUAAUUCUUAAAUGGUCAAUGGUCAAAGUUAAGACCUUUUUAAAACAAUCAAAUCUUCUAAAGAUGUUCAAGAAUUAACCAGAAAACGAGCAACAAAAAGCAAAGAAGAAAACUUAAACUGACCCUCAAAGUCAAGUUUAUAAAAACUUAAACUAUAAACGUUUAGACAAGUCAAUUCAUAUAUACAAAGUAAUAUAUCGGUUUUUAAAAAGAGGACUGAGAGGCAUCAGCUAUAUUUCACGAGAAACUACGACUCCCAGAAUGCAGUUCGGGAGAACUACUCCUCACCGGAAGUGUUUCUUUAUCACCCGGACCCAAAACCGUCUGCUCCUUCUGUUUAUAUUUUUGGGCCGAAGUUUUGGUUUACACCAUAAAAACUGAGAACCACUGGACGUUUAGUUUCUUUUUGAACGACUUACAAAACAAGAAAAACUGGCCCCUCCACUGCCYGUCACCAUGCCCGCCCUGCUGGAGAGACCCAAGCUGUCUAACGCGAUGGCCCGAGCCCUCCAUAAGCACAUCAUGAGGGAGAGGGAACGCAAGAGACAAGAGGAGGAGGARGUGGAUAAAAUGAUGGAGCAGAAGUUGAAGGAAGAGGAGGAGAGAAAGAGGACGAAAGAAAUCGAGGAGAGGAUGUCAUUAGAGGAGACCAAAGAACAGGUGAUGAAGAUGGAAGAAAAACUGCAGGGACUGCAAGAAGAGAAGCAUCAGCUCUUUUUACAACUCAAGAAAGUCCUCCACGAAGAAGAAAAGAGGCGCAGAAAGGAGCAGAGUGAUAUCACAACCCUGACAUCAGCGAGCUACCAGCCCAGUUUGUCCAUGCACCCGGGACAGCACCUCCUCAGUAUUCCAGGCAGUCCAGUCAGCCACGGUCGACCCGGUGCUCUGCUGGGAGAACGGAGCAAACAGCUGUUCCCAGCUUCCGUCAUUCCUGCCCGUCAUUAUCAGACCCCUGGAUUCAGCUCCGGCUCAGCAGAACACGGGCAGUUCAGUGGCAGCCAGGGGGUCCAUGAGCCGUACGGUGUAGCKCAGGCCCAGCAUCCCUCCUCCUACGCUCCUGGACCUUCAGUACCUGUCAGUUUUGCCAGCAGCUCUCAGAUCAGAGGUGCGUCUGCGUUUCAAGCCAUGCAGUACCUCCCUCAUCAGCAGGCUGGUUAUCCUGUUCACGGUCACUUCACCUCUCAGCCAGGAUACAUCCCAGGAGCAUCAAUCCCUCUGCAGAAGCAGCUGGAGCACGCCAACCAGCAGUCCGGCUUCACCGAUGCAAGUGGUUUGAGGCCGAUGCAUCCCUCAGCUAUGCAUCCAUCUGCUCCAGGGCUGCUGCCCGCACCCAUUGUCCAGAUCCCCACUGCAAAGGCUCCAUUCCAGAGCUCUCCGCAGAGCGCCUCCCGACACAGCUUCCUCCCCCACAGCCAGAGCAGCCAGAGGUUCUACCACCACGGUGCAGCAGAUCUUCAUCUCCUCUGAAACAGAAUUACAAGGAAGGAGGAAAAAGGACGGAGGAGUCAGGAAGCACAAACAAGAUGCUCCAAAAUAAAAUGAGGGGGAAAAAAUCAUUUAAUGAGUGUUUCAGAACUGCUGUUGGAAAAAUAAAAGGCAUCUGAAAAACAUGA